GCCAAACGCACCUUUAAGCAGCAUAUGUCCUGAGACUUUGUGGAAACUUCUUGAGAGGACUGAAGAAAGUCAAUCUCCAACAGGAGCGAGAGAAGCAGAGAGCAGUGCAGAGGACCAUCCGCCUACAAAGUUUCACCUCUGCGGACAUCCGAGGCUUAGUAAAGUCCAGAAGAGCUCUGCAUUCUCCCGCUAUAAACUGACCUGUGAGAAGAGCUUGCGGUGGAUGUAAGAGCGCUCAAGGCAGAAGAAAUGAGCAGAGGAACAGUAAACGAGCUGCACGGAUGCCAGCGCAACUUCACACUGAUCAUCGUGCUGCUCGUAGUCCACUGCGGCGCAGAGAUUCCUUCAGACCCAAAUGUGGUGGCCGCCUCCAGUUGGAACAUGUCCAGCGGAGCUGAAAGAGAUCACUUUAUAAGGCUGGAUGCCCCAAUGAAUAACAUCACUACCUCCCUUGGACAGACAGCUGAGUUACAUUGCCACGUUUCAGGGAAUCCACCACCCACAGUCCGCUGGCUUAAAAACGAUGCCCCUGUGGUCCAGGAACCGCGGCGUGUCUCUUACCGGCCCACUCCGUAUGGCUCCCGUCUGAGAAUCCGAAACCUGGACACCACAGACACCGGCUACUUUCAGUGUGUGGCUACCAACACCUAUGGCACAGUAUCUACCACAGGAAUCCUGUUUGUCAAGUUUGAUCCGGCUCCCACCCCUCUGCCUGGAAGGCCUUCACCAGAUGAUUUUGAUGAGGAAGGUUUCUGCCAGCCAUACAGAGGAAUCGCGUGUGCUCGCUUCAUAGGAAACAGGAGUAUCUUUGUGGACUCACUGCAGAUGCAAGGCGAGAUUGAGACCCAAAUCACAGCGGCGUUCACCAUGAUUGGCACCUCCAAUCACCUGUCAGAUCGCUGCUCCCAGUUUGCUAUCCCAUCCCUGUGCCAUUUUGCCUUCCCGACAUGUGACCGCAGCUCUGGCAUGGACAAACCGCGGGACUUGUGCAAGGACGAGUGUGAGAUUCUGGAGAACGACCUGUGUAAGACAGAGUACAUCAUCGCUCGCUCCAACCCCCUCAUCCUCAAGCGCCUCAAACUGCCCAACUGUGAAGACCUGGCCGCUUCAGACAGUCCCCAGUCUGCCAACUGUAUGAGAAUAGGCAUCCCAAUAGCUGAGACCAUAAAUAAAAGCCACAAAUGUUAUAAUAACAGUGGUUUGGAUUAUCGCGGGACAGUCAGCGUGACUAAAUCUGGUCGUCAGUGUCAGCCGUGGAUCUCUCAGUAUCCCCACAGCCACACCUUCCUGGCCAUGCGCUACCCAGAGCUCAACGGGGGACAUUCCUACUGUCGCAACCCCGGCAACAAGCACGACGCCCCCUGGUGCUUCACCCUAGAUGAGGGAGUGCGCAUGGAUUUCUGCGACAUUCCUCCAUGUGAUUUGCCCAAGCAUGGCGGCAGCAGUAUGGGGAUCCUGUACAUCCUGGUACCAAGUGUUGCUAUACCGCUGGCCAUUGCCCUGCUGUUCUUCUUCAUCUGUGUUUGCCGAAACAACCAGAAAGCCUCACGUCCACCAGCCCCACGUCAGCCCAAACCAGUACGCGGCCAGAACGUGGAGAUGUCCAUGCUCACGGCAUACAAACCAAAGAGCAAAACCAAAGAACUUCCUCUGUCUGCAGUGCACUUCAUGGAGGAGUUGGGCGAGAGCAACUUUGGUAAGAUCUACAAAGGCCAUCUGUACCUGCCAGGCAUGGAGCAAGCUCAGCUAGUGGCCAUCAAAACACUGAAGGACAUCUCAAGUGCACAACAUUGGGGCGAUUUCCAGCAGGAAGCAUCUGUCCUGGCAGAACUUCAUCAUCCUAAUGUGGUUUGUCUCCUGGGUGUCGUGACCCAAGAGCAGCCCGUCUGCAUGCUCUUCGAGUUCCUAGCCCAAGGGGACCUUCACGAGUUCCUCAUCAUGCGCUCUCCUCACUCAGACGUGGGCUGCAGUAGCGACGAAGACGGUACCGUCAAGUCCAGCCUCGAUCAUGGAGACUUCCUUCACCUGGCCAUCCAAGUUGCAGCUGGGAUGGAGUACCUCGCAAGCCACUUUUACGUCCACAAAGACCUUGCGGCAAGAAACAUCCUGGUUGGUGAGCAACUUCACGUCAAGAUCUCUGAUCUUGGCUUUUCAAGAGAAAUCUACGCUUCAGAUUAUUACCGAGUCCAACCCAAAACACUCGUUCCAAUUCGCUGGAUGCCACCAGAAGCCAUCAUUUACGGGAAGUACACAACAGACUCGGACAUUUGGGCAUUUGGUGUGGUUCUGUGGGAGAUCUUCAGCUUUGGCCUGCAGCCCUAUUAUGGUUUCAGCAACCAGGAAGUGAUAGAGAUGGUGCGGAAGAGGCAGCUGCUGCCCUGCCCAGAGGAUUGUCCUCCUCGCGUGUACGUGCUGAUGACCGAGUGCUGGCAGGAGGGUCCCGCUCGACGGCCGAGAUUCAAAGACAUCCACUCCCGGCUCCGUGCUUGGGAGGGUCUGUCCUCCCACGCCAGCUCCAGCACACCAUCCGGAGGCAACGCCACCACCCAGACUACCUCUCUGAGCGCCAGCCCCGUCAGCAACCUCAGCAGCCCGCGCUAUGCUGGAUACAUCUACGGAGCUCCGCAGAGCAUCCCACCGGGACAAAUUGCGGGCUUCAUGGCAGCACAGAUGCCCCAAAACCAGCGUUUUAUACCUGUAAACGGAUAUCCUAUCCCAACGGGCUAUGCUGCCUUCCCUGCUGCCCAUUUCGCUGCAACUCAGGGCCCUCCACAGGUGGUGCAGCACUGCCCUCCGCCGAAGAGCCGUUCGCCCAGCAGCGCCAGCGGCUCCACCAGCACGGGUCACGUGACCAGCGUCCCCUCCACAGGCUCCAAUCAUGACGCCAAUACGCCUUUGCUUUCUCAUUGUGUCACUCUGACACCCAUGACAGCACUGCAGGGCGGCACAAUGCAAGUGUUUGGACAUAUGGCACAGAAGGCCAUGCAAAUAGACCCGAGUCAGGCGGCGCUGCUGGCUGACACUAACAGACUGAUAUACAGUGAAUCCAUCAUUACUGCAGAUUUGUGAAUUUGUCCCGUAUAUUGAUUUAUUGAAUUAUUGAUAUUUUAAUUUUGUUUUCCUUCCUUGUAAAUAUGUAAUAGCCUGAAAAAAAUUCAAAAGUUUAUAUUUUAAUGUCGUUUUAUAAAUGUGUCUUAAAGGGAUAGUUCACCCAAAAAUGAAAAUUCUGUCAUGAAUUACUCACCCUCAUGUCGUUCCAAACCUGUAAGACCUUUGUUUAUCUUCAAAAACACUGUUUAAGAUAUUUUUGAUGAAAUCGGAGAGCUUUCUGAUCCUGCAUAGACAGCAAUCUUGGAUUUCAUCAUAAAUAUCUUAAUUUGUUUUCCAAAGAUAAACAAAUGUCUUAUGGGUUUGGAAAGUCAUGAAGGUCCAUAAUUAAUGACAGAAUUUACAUUUUUGGGUGAACUACUCCUUUAAAAGAAACUUGUAUAUUCACAUAUUCUCUGUGAAGUUCAUGCCACUUUUUUGACUUCGUAUGACUAAAUGUGGCCUUAAAAUGUCCUAUUUCCAACCAGAGCUUUGAAAUCAUGCUCUUUUUUUACUCAAAUUAUUUUCGACAGAGCUGUGGGUUCAUCAUCAGUUCUGUCUGCUUUUUCACACUUCAGAAUGUCUUGGUCUCUGUCCUGUCAUUUCAUUUUGGACUUGAAUCAGUUAAAUUGCAAUGUUGUCACAUUGAAAUCCAACCCUAUAGCCAGUUCCCAAAUUAAGGGAAUGAUUUUGCAAAUGUCAAUCACUGAUGCCUUCAUGUGAAAAAAAAAAAUGUUGCUUUAAUUAUGGUGCCUGCAUUUUAUUAUGAAGUCAGGCAUUUGUACAUGUGGGAGAGAAAUUGAAAUAAUUUCAAUACACGAGACGCAUUCGCUGUAAGCCAGUGACUUCUCAGGCAACAUUUGUGUUUCUAAGAGCCAGGCUUUUGAAGUGGCAACCGUGUAGCUGCAACAAAAUAGAAGAAUUAUGGUGCUAACCAAGCAAAUAUUUAAACAUCUUAGUAUUUAUUUCGUGCUAGGUGUUAAAGAGAUGGUUUACCCUAAAAAUAGCAUUUUAUCAUCAUGUACUCAUUUUGUAAUCGGCUGAAGAAAACAUAUCCAGGUUUGGAUCAAUUUGAAUGUGAGUGAAUUACGAGGGGAAUAAAAAUUGGUGAAUCCCUUUAGAUCAAAAUUGGGCAGAAACCUACAUGUAUACACAAACUGACUGCUUACUUUUAGAUUAUUAUUUUUUCUCAACUGUCAUGGAACAACAUGCAUAAAAUAGUGUGAUAAAUUGAUGAAGAAAUCAAAGAUGAUAGGAUGUGACACAAUCAUUGGUUUCAGAUGUGCCUUUUUGCGUUCCUACCUCCAGUCAUUAUACAGCAUUUUUUCAGCUUUCGACAAAGCCCAGAUUAUUCAUAUAAUCUUUUGACUCAGAGUAAUAGGCCUCUAACUGAAAUUCAGGCAACAAGAAAACAUUAUCGUUAUUUUUAUAUUCUGUACAUGCCUAAACCCAGAGUACACAUUAUUAUUUUAAACUGUCUGGAUAACAAUUUUUUUUGUCUAAACGAGUCGUCAAUUUUUCACAUCACUGUUUAGCAAAGCAUGUGUGAAAUCUGUCCUAAAACUGACGCUCAACUUUUUCUACAAUAAACUCCUCACUACCUAUAGAAUGUAAUGCCUAAAUAUUCCUCUAGAGGUCAGUGUCACUCUGUGACUCUGAUCGAAUGAAGUUCUUUGUAUUUGUCUCAUGUUAAUGCUAUAUGUGCUUUUGAUUUUCUGCUUUCAUUUGAUGUUUGUUAACUUUAUCCUCUCUCUGGGUUAGUAGCUUGUUUAAUCUCUUGCGAUUUCACAGAAACAGAGAUUAAUCAAUUUUCGCAAGCAGCUGUAUGUCAUGUUCAUUCUCAUUUUGGUUUGUUGCUAUGCAACUGUUUAAUUCAACGACGCCCUUUUCCUGUGUUGAAGUCAAUCAAGAAUUGAUCUUUUAUGCAGGUUACAGUGUUUGUGAAGACAUGAUUGCUUAUGACCUAUGAAAUGCCUUUUGGACAAUCUCCUGAUGCGUCAUGACAUUUCAUGAACAGAUGUUUUGCAUGAUAAACUGAUGUGUAGAUCAAUGGUUUAUUUUUAUAUGAUUUGUCACACAAUUUUACAUCAAUAUUGCAGUCUUAUUAUUGUACGUCUGAACAUACGUUGUGUUGACAUUAUAAAAGCCUCUUAAAG